GGACGCGGCUUUAUUCCACAAUAUGAAUAUAUUCAGUGUGAACAAUGAGAUUCAUGGUUUGGAAUGUCCCACUAAAGUGUUAAUUUUGUGCCACACUAGAUGAGACGUCAUGGAGUUUUACCGGUCGUGCGAAGUUAUGCAUUUUAAUAGGAUAUAAAUUAAAGCAACUAAACAUGGCAUCCUCUGAUUUUGAAGCCAAUGUGUACGAAUGUCCCCUUGUAAUAUGGGUCGACACAUUCAGAUCCAGAAAAGAUCCGAAAUUGAAAUACAGUGAUUUGUAUGAUGGGGUGUUUCUCAGUGAUGUCAUGAAGCAAAUAGAUCCAAGACCAGCAUAUCAGAAUGUUGUGCGCAAAGUGAGAGACGCAAACAUGAGGCAUCAGAAUUGGGACCUUCUUCUUAAAAACAUUAAGGCAUAUUAUUCUGAUGUGCUGGAACAGUUGCUCGUACAAAGGCUUCCCAACAUCGCCUGUAUCAGCCGAGAACCAGAGAAAGAAAGCAGUUUUAAUGAGAUCAAGAAGAUGCUGCUGCUGAUACUGGGCUGCGCGGUACAAUGUGAGCGUAAAGAGGAGUUCAUCACUGUCAUCAUGGACCUGGAGGUCAGCGUGCAGCAGGAGAUUGUGGAGAGCAUCAAACAGAUCACAGAGGACAGCAAGUUUCUUCUAUCAACAGACUGUCAGGACCCCGAUAUAUUGUUCAGUCAUCUUGUUCACCUUAUUCAGGAGCGAGACCAAUACGCUGAGAGCCUAGCAGAUGUUGUCCAGGAGCGAGACUUCUACCAGGGUCGGUCUGAGGGCUCAUCUCUCUCCGUGUCACCAGCUAGUACCCCUGAAAAGCAGACACUCCUGGCAGAACUCAAUGACUGCAAGGCCAGGAUCCGGCAGCUCAAACAGGAUCUUGAUGACAGGGUGGAACAGCUCUCCGACAUCCAGUAUGAAUGUGACGAACACAAGACCAAUCUUGCAAAACUCAGGAAUGAGAAUGUCGACCUACUGAGGGAUGCCAGGUCAGCAAGGGCUCUGAGAGAUGAACUCGAUAUUCUGCGAGAAAAGGUGAGCAAAGUGAACAACCUUGAAACAGAGAUCAUGAAGUACAAGGAGAAGCUGAAUGAAUUGGACUUCUACAAAGCAAGAGUUGAGGAACUGCGAGAUGACAACAAAAUCUUGACUGAGUGCAAACUUUUGAUGGAACAAGAGCUGUCGAGUUCACACAAGCGCGUUGAAACGGUCGUACAGUUGGAGCAACAGCUUAUGGAGUAUAGGCAGCAGAUUGAGGAAUUCUCGUCCGAGCGUGACAUGGACAGCGAGCGUAUCGCCCACCUAGUGGAGGAGAACGCACAGCUGCAGUUGGAGAAGAAGAUGAACAUGAAUGAGAGCUCCAGUCUGGCCCACGAGAUAGAGGCCACAAAGGCUAAAGUAGCAGGUGUUGGUGGUGCAAUAUCAGAUCAGCUUAAAGAGACAACAAACGCCAAGAUCCUUAGGCUAGAGCUGGAAAAUCAACACCUCCUUCGCAAACUGGACGACAUGAAGGAGAGCGCAUUGCUGGAGAAAACUGCCAUGACAUUUCAGCUGGAAACUGAGAAUCGUAGACUCUUGAAAAAGAUGGAAGCUCUAAAGCAUGACAGUAUACACACCCAACAAAAAUGCACAGAACUUGAAGAUAAAGUGAGAAGUUUGUUGAAAGAGAAAGAAAUGGUGGUCAUUCAUUUGCAGUCAUCAAAAGAAAGCUUUGAAAGGGAGUUUAAAGAACUGGAAAGACAAAAUGAGGAUUUGACACAAACAUUGCAAGUGUUGAGGACUAGGAACGAACAAACUAAUGACACAAAAAUGAAAGAUUUGGAGAAGGAAAAUUCAAGGUUACAUGAAACUCUGGCAGCAAAAAAUAAGGAAUUAACCAAGGUGGAAUUUAGCAAUAGACAGUUGCAGAAAACACAAAAUGUAACACAAGAUAGUAUUGGAAAGAUCAGCAAGCUUGAAAGUAUAAAUGAAGCUUUAGAAAGGAAGAAUUUAGAGUUGCAACAAAAAGUGAAUAGACUUGAAUUGACCAAUGAAAAAUUUGAUAAAUUAGAACAUGACAACUCUGAUCUGGGAGUUGAAAAUCAGAAAUUAGUGAAGAAAUUAGAGUAUCUCCAGACAGCUGUUCAUAAGAAAGAAAAUGUUGAGCAGGAUUUAAUCAAUGUUAAAGUGGAAAAUCAGAAACUGCAGAAAAUGGUAGAUACUAUGAAAGCAUCCAUAAAUGAUGUUGCAGAUUUGGAAAACACAAAUUCAUUAUUAAGAAAAGAGAUUCAACAGUGUCAAAGGAUUAUAGAUGCCAAAAAAUCUCAGGACUUAAAAAUGGAAAAGUUGGAACUGGAUCUUUUGGAUCUCGAUAAUGAAAACAUGAAAUUGCAAAAGCAGCUUGAAAUAACAACAAAUAGGGUUAAACAGUUAGAAAAAGACAAUACUGAACUUGAGCAGGAAAAUGAGCAUCUUGAAGAAGUGAAUACUUCAUUAACAUUUGCACAGAAAAGGAUUGUUGACCUUGAAAAACGGAAUUCUGAUUUGGAAAAUGAAUUUACUAAACUUCAAAAUGAAAAUACUCAGUUGUCGCGAGAGUUUAAGCGUAAUAAAGCUACUUUAGACAGAAGUCAAUCUGCAUUUAAUGAAUUGCAAGCAAAACAUUCUGUGUUAGAAAUAUCCCACAAGGAGUUACAAAGAAAUGUGGACAGAGAUAAAGGGUCGAGUCGUGAAUUUGAUAAAGAACACAUGGAAUUAUUGAAAGGACUGCAAUUGGAAAAGCAAACAGUAAAUACGCUGAGAACUGACCUGAUGAAUGAGAGAAACAACAACCAGGAACUGUUGAACAAGAUGGAGCAGCAGACAAAGCGUUGUCGAGACCUGGAGCAGAUGGUACUGGGCAGAGGCAAUAACUCUAGCAAUGACCUCGCCCAGCUGAAAGGCAUUGAGUCAAAAAUGCAGGAAACAUUGAACAAAACUAUAGCCAUGAGGGAUGACACCAUACAAGCUCUGGAAAGCAGAUUGGAAGAAUCCAAGAACCGCAACUUACGUCUGCAGGAGGAUCUGCGGAGCACAAAGCGGGAAUGUGAGUCCUUGAAACAACGGCUUGAGGAAGAUACUUUAGCCAAAGAACAGGAAAGGAGGGAAAGGGAGAGCAGUCAGAAUUCAUCGCUGAAGUCCAGUCAACAAUCAAAGUUGGGCAUGCCACCCAAUAACACUAGUCACCUUGUCCAGUUGGAGAGACAGAAUGAAAGACUUCUAGUGGAGAGCAAAAACUUGAAAUCAGUCAACGAAAAUCUCUCGGAUCAGAUCAACAAACUGGAGGCACAUAACUCCGAACUGCAAUCCCAAAACAACAAAGUCCAGAGUGAAAAAGGUGCCCUCCAAGUUCACAAUGCACACCUGCAAAUGGAGAACACCUCAUUCCACAGCCAGUGUGAAAAGCUGCAUUCACAGGUUAAUACACUGCAGCAGGACAUAGCUAGAUUCCACAGUGAGAGUGAUAGUGUGAAGUUGCAAUUACGAGAACUUAACCUCGAGCAUGAGUCGCUGAUUUCGGAACACGGGUCUUUAAAAUCUAUUCACAAGAACCUACAGAGUGAGCACAGAGAACUGCAACAUAGGUUGCAUAGUAUGGUGCAACCUCCACCGUCCAAUGAAAGUCAAGUGCAUGAAAUCUAUAACAAACUGAGAAGUGAUCAUGAAAGGUUACUGACAGACUAUGAAAAGUUGAAGAACAGUUAUGAAGCUGUAGAAAAAGAGAAAUACGAUGUUGUUGCAGAGAACAAGAGAAUUAAAACGGAGUAUAAUACAGUCGUGAAGGAGAAUUCAGACUUGAAGACCAGGCACAGAGAUUUGGAGUCUGACCUUAAUAUGCUGGUUGAGAAAUACAAUAACAUGUGUGAGAUAUACACGAAGGCUCUGGAGGAGAAGGAGCAGCUGAUGACGCAGCUGGACCGGCUGAUUGAGAAGAACCAGGAGCUGCUCAACUAUGUCCUCAACAACAAGGACCAGAUGGCUGGCCAGGAGAAGUCAUACAUUGAGCAGUUGUCCGACCUUCGCCGUCAGAAGGAGCGACUGGAGGAGAAGAUAAUGGAGCACUACAAGAACCGAGAGAAACAGAAGAAAAACAAGAGCUUUGGGGCGAAAUUGCUGCAGAGAAUGAGGGGGCUCACGAGAAGUAAAUCCCGUCCCAAUCUUUUGGACGGAAGUCCUGACAGCACAUCGAUAGGGUCCUGGUCCUAUAUGGACCAUGAUGCUGAGAAGAAAGCAGGUGCGAGAUCGAUUGAAGAUAUAAUGAGCUGUCGUAGUAAUGCAGAUCUUACUUGCUCUUUUUCCAACUCCACCUCUGUGUUAUUGCCAGGUCUCGGCAAGCCUGUGGAUGAUGAUGACGGAGGUUUUGGUGGCGGCGAACGUGGGGAAUUCAUGACGCUGCAGGAAUUCUUGGCGGAAGGGCUGGAUAAGAGUUCACCAAAACAGAAGCAGAUGACAGACUUAAAGUCAGAAGACACAGAAUCCCGCAGUUCUGACAACUCCGAAGACCAUCAGCAAAGGCGCAGACGCCCUGCCCCUCUACCACCAUCCAUGCAGCAGACGCGUUCCAAAAUGUCCACCAUUCCUGAUGUGGCUGCUGUGUCACAGUCUGAUCUCAGCGUCUCCCAUCUUUCCCGCCUGUCCAACGAGGGAAACAGCGGGAGCAAUCCAGAUAUCCGUCCAGAUAGUGCAUUUACCCCGCAACUUACCUCGCCACCGUAUAGCACCAUUAUACAGCCAAAUACAUCCACUCCUGCCCGACCGCAUAAUCUUCAAGCUCGGAAUAGCGGGUUUGAUGAUUUCAAUAAUUCUGCAUUCUCCCGUGUGGGUGGUCACGAUAUGAAUGACAGUUACAAUUCUCAAUUUAAUAACGGACAGCGAGAAAACGACAUAAGACUGACACCGGAUGCAAGGAUUGACAUGCUUACGAGGGGCAAUAACAAUAGUGCAUUUUCAUCUCCUUUUAAUCAGGGUGCGAGUAAUUCACUCUCACCAAACUAUCAUAGUCCUCAUGAAACAGUGCCAAGGUCUCACGAGGAGGACACAUCAAUAAGAUCUGGUCCCGGAGCAUCUCCAAACUGGCAACGAGGUCAAGGUCAAACCGUGGGAGGUCAGGGACCAUUGAAAGCUACACAGCCACAUCAGAAUUUCACGUCAGGCAUGUCUCCCCAACAGCAGUCUGACGAAAGAAGUCAACCCAAUUACCAGCAGUAUCCUGCGACGAGGCGCAGUGGCAAUAUUCUUGUGUCAAGGGCUAAUGGACAGCCUAGACAGUACGGAGGUCAAGGUCAAACAAAUCCUGUACGACAACGACCCAGAAGUGCCUUCGCACCUGCAGGCAAAAAUUUAGCUUUGCAGAAUGAGCAGGUGUUUGGGUCUGCUACAAACUUGACAAUGAAUAAUACUAGUGCAGGUAAUAGAAGUUUACCGCCUGACGUUAAUGGUGGCAGGAUGGACUUGAACAAUUCUGGAAUAUCAUCAAGUUUGUCAUCUGGUCAAGUGCAAAGCAGCAGGCCGCUAAGAGGUAAAAAGCAGGCACCUAGUUACGAACCUCAAAAUCACUUUGAACGACCGAAAUCGGUCCCGCCCACAAUGUUUAACGCCCAACCUGGUAGCGAUUCUGAUGAGGCGCCCCUAAUUAAUCACACGGGGAAUAGACAUUCCAAUAACAUGCAGGCUCAGGUGUCUUAUGGGAAAGGCACUCCUCCAGUUCCACCACCAAGAAAAAAUAAGGACGUGCUUACAUUAGGUAAAUACAGUGUUUUAAGGGAACCGUCAUCACCCGGCAACAAAGGUCUGAUGAAUAACCUACAGGCAUCGACAUCUAGGCUGCAGGGCCAGGAAGCGAGUCAGCCUGCGCAGGGAUUAUCGGAAGAAAAGAAGAGAGAGAUAUGGACCGCUACACGACUUUAGGAUUUCCUGCUCUUUAUUUGCAAGCAGACGUGACAGUCUUCACUGAUACUGCAUGAUAAACUUGGGGGACUUUUCCCCACCGGCCUUGGGACGUGGUCCAGUCAGCGUGUUGUAGCAUGAAUGGAUAAAUGUCUUGUAAUCAUAUAUAUUGAAUGUGUUUAUUGUUGAAACACCAUAUGAUAACACAUGAAUGUAAUUUGCACAUAUUUAAUAACACAGCUAAAAGCAUGUGUGCUGCUGAUGAUGGUAUAUUAGAUGGCUUACUGCAUGCUAGAAUUACUUGUUUUAGUUGUCUUAGCCUAAAUAGUGUAUGGGUUGGUGAAAUUAUUGUGUAGUCAUACUGAUAUGUACAAACAUUCAUUAAGAUUCAGAUGUGCAGCAAAAAGCUUUGAUAAUGUCCUACUUAAGCUUAACUCACAAUCUAUUAUUCAAACAUAAAAAAACAAUCUGCUGAAAAAAAUCCUUUCCCUAUCACAUGCAUCAAUGUAUUUUCUGGCUCUGUUUUUCCCAAUAUUGCCAAGACAGCUUUGUGUCCAAUAUUGUCUUCUUUCAUUUGAAUAAAAGUAGAAAAAUACCCGAUAGCUAGUUUAUUUGCUACCACAAAAUUUGAAAAACCACCUUUUUAGUUAAUUUAUCAUCAGUUACAACAGUUAUAGAACUAUUGAUUAUGUGGCUAAACCUUUUUAUUAAUGGUUUCAUUUCUACCGUACAAAAUGUCGGUUUGGUUUCCAUCUAAUUGAUAUUGUGAGCAUGUCCUUGGUCCCUUUUUGUACACAAACAAAAACACAUUUUAAAUUGUUGGUUGCAAACGACAAAAAAGUUGGCAAUAAACAGAUUUAUAUUUAAACAUAUUUAUUACACUUGUUAUGUUGAAUCACGCUGGUGAUUUAUUAUGAAUUACACUUGUUUAAAAUAACUCCACUGUGGAGUUUGUUUUUGUUUUUGUUUGCAAUGUCUUUGUUGUGUUAAAUUUGAUUUGAAAUUAAAGUGCAUUUAUUUGAUUGAGUAUUACUAGUGUGCAUGCUUAAAAAAAGUUCAUUUGCAGACUAAUAAAAUGAGAACAAUAUUUAAUACAUAGCGUUUCUGAGCGUUGUUAACUUGGCUACCUUUAAAACUAACUUUAGUUUUUAUGCUCCCCCAAAAAAAUUUUGGGGGGAGCAUAUAGUCGCCGCUUCGUCUGUCCGUCCGUGCACAAUUUUUGUCUGGGCUAUUUCUCAGCAAUUAAUGACUGGAAUUCAAUUAAACUUGAUGUAAAAGCUUCGCUACCAAGAGGAGAUGUGCAUAUUAUCAGCCGGUUCUGGUCGGAUGAUUUUUCACAGAGUUAUGGCCCUUUGAAAUUUUCCAUUAACUGUACAUAUAGUGCAAUUUUUGUCCCCCCAACUACUAGACGUUUCCUUUUAUCUGAAUAUAUAGUGCAAUAUUGUGACAAAAAAACCUUUGGGGAGCAUCACCCGUCUCCGACGGUUUCUUGUAUAAUAAGCCCAUCCAUUCCAGCCCCUUGUUGGUGUGGAGGCAGAUCUAUUAAAAACUGAAUUAUUUUGUGUGAUCUUUUUUUGUUAACACUUCACAAAGGCAACAUUAUCCUCUACAAAAUGCAUUCUUUACAAUUUUAUAAUAACACAAAUAUGCAUAAUUAUAAAUAAAUUGAUGGUAUGCUUGUAUUACUUUCUUAGUAUUGGUUCUGGCUUAGAUUUUAAACUCUUAAACAUAAUUUUGUUUUCAAUUCAAAAUUCAUCUUUAAUAUCUUUAGGCACAAUAUCACACACAUUGUGUUAUUUUUAUUCCAUCAUUCCAAAACUUGAAGAAUGCAAUUAUUUAAGUUGGGACACAAUUAGCAAUUUUUUGUAGACCUAUUAUUGUGUUGGUAACUUACCCCAUGCAAGUUUUUUUAAAGGGACUUCACAUAUUUUCAUAAUUUAAGCUUAUUUGAGAACAACGUGCUCAAGUUUAAUUUUGUUAUCUCCAAUUGUCUGUAGUUCGUCGUGAGUCAGAUAUUUAAUUACUCCCAAAUAAAUAUUUCCAUUUAUUCUUAUUAUGAUAUUUAUUUUGCUGAAGAUUAUAUAGUGGUAAACCGAAUAAAACAUAAGUUAUUUGAUCUUUCAUCAAAUGUACAGGAGUUGUCAUUGGAAUCUCCAUUUGAUCUUUAAAUUCUUCACAAGUGACCUUUUGGACUUUGUAUAGAAAGCCUCUUUUGCAGGAGAGACAACUGCUACAUAAAAGUUCUGUGUUAAAAAUAUGUUCAAUUAUUAAAAGUUAGUCAUGAUAAAAAGCCUAGAAUUUAGAUAUACAAACAUGUAUAUGUUUCAUAAAGUGCUUUUCUUCUUCUUAACUCCCUCUUCUCAGAAUAGUUUACCGGUAGUUCAUUUGUGUCUCUGUGAGUGCCUUAUGGCCCAUCGCCUUCUUGUUGGAAUUUCAUUACAUUAUUUUACUAACUAAACUGUAAUAACUUGAAUAGUUUUAAAUAAUUAAUUACAAAGAAAGGAUCACAUUAAAAAUGUGCCUAUACAAUGAAGGUAUAGAAACCCAUGGCCCCUAGAAGCAAAAGCCUACCUCAUUAUCACUUCGCAUUACUGGCUUUUAAUUUUUUGUCAUAAUUACAGUAAAACACUUUGUCUGUAACGCAUGUUUUUGCUGCAUUAUUGAUGUAAAGUGUUUCAAAUGCAUAAUAAUUUUUACUCUUUUGAUUAAUGAUUUUCUAGAAACAAACAUAUAAAUGUUAUCAUUUUCAUAGCAAGGCAUGUUAAUUGUGUUUUUGUCCCCUACCGGUGAAACCGGAAACAGAGGGGACUUAUGGUUUGCGCUCUGUCAGUCUGUCUGUCAGUCUGUCCGUCACACUUUUUUGGAUCCUGCCAUUACUUUAAAAGUUCUUCAUAUUUUUUCAUGAAACUUAAAAUAUGGAUAGAUGGCAAUAUGGAGAUUAUGCACGUCAUUUCAUUUUGUUCCUACGUCAAUAAUUAUGGUUGCUUUGGCAACAAAUAUAUAUAAAAAAAUAAUAAUCUGACAAUGGUGGAGUUUCACCGGUAGGGGACCAUAUUGCUUGGCAAUCUCUUGUUUAAAUUUAAUGUAUACAUUCGUUUUGGAAUCUGUUGCAUUUUUUAAAAUAGAAAGUUGUUAUUUUGACGGUUAGAGAACUUGUCCCUUUGGAGUCCCUCUUCUAAAAUGCUUUCAAAUAAAGUAAAUGGCAGAAAGCUGAUGAAAUUAUUUCCGACCAAAAUACAAAAGACUUCUUUUAAAUCGAGGAAAAAAUCACACAGUAAAUUGCUUCUGUAUGUAUGAUAUCUGAUGCUCCCCUGCACUAAAUUGAAUACUAGUAAGUAUACUAUAUUAUUUAUGCUGGUUUCCAAGUGUAUAGUGAAGUAUAUAUUCCACUGACACCAGGAGCUUUUGUACAAAAUAUAAUUUCAUUUAUCAUAAGGAAAUUAUUUAUUUUUCAGUGAAAUUACUGUAAUUUACUUCCAAUUUUUCAAUUGAUGUCCUCUCAAAAUGUAUUGAAUAAUUUUUCAUGGACUGGGUAUUUAAUUUCAUAAUGUUCUUAAAUUAAGCAAAAAAAAUAAUUUAGCAUAACAAUGUAACUAAAGGCAUUUCUUCCAGAAUUAAAAAUGUUCUGAAUGUAUUCAAUCUUUUACAGAGUCAUUUAUAUUAUUUAUGGCAACAUAAUCUACAGCUCAGGAAAGUCUUAAGUCCGUGUUUGUUUCCAAGCAUGUGUUUGGUGGUGUUUGUUGGUUUUGUUUAGUUCUUUUUUGUUUCGUUUUGUUUAUUUUGUGUGUUAAUUGAAAAAAAAAACAAGCUAAUAAUUUAUAUAUUUAUAGAUAUUUGUUUGUAUUUUCUAGAGAAACCUGUAUUAGAUGCUCAAUUGUAUGCAAAGCUGCUUAUUUGUUUUGGUCCAAUGCUGAUUAAAAAAACAUCUAGUGCUUAUGAGCUUAACGGCAAUUUAAGGGAUCCCAAUUUGCACUAUUGUGGUCAGUGGUUGUCUGUUAGACAAGUUUGAAUCGUCCAUCAUGGCACACAUUCCAGUGAACAUCAACUUUGACAUACGCAAUGUAAAGCUUUUGUCUUUAAAUUGAGGUAAAACAAUUUUUUAACAUAAUUGAUUUAUAAGAAUGCCUACUUACAAAUUCUUGAAAGAAGCAUUAUGGUAAUUUAUUAUUAUACAAAGUUUUGAAGACCAUCAACUUGAUUCUCUCAAUCCAUUUUCUUUUCUUGCAUAACUAGGUCCACACCACUUAUAUAUAUGGCUAAAUGAACAACCAUGGUAAAAAUUGUUAUUACAUCAUAAUUAAGGUGAGCGAUAUUGGACCACAAUGUUGUUUUUGUUUGUUGUCUUGAAUUGAUAGUGGUGUUUGUCAGUGCCUAAUUUAUUUUGUAAUUGUUUAUAGUGUACUUUCGUGUCGUGCUAUACUUUGCAGUCCACAAUAUUUAAGGUUCUUGCUGUUGUCAGUGAAUAACUUUUACUUAGCCGUCCCUUUUGUUAGAAGUAUUUUAAACAUUCACACGUCCAUAACAUUCAUCCUACCAUUAAUUGGCCAGUAUGCUUUCAAAAUUAUAAAUUAUAUAGCUACCCAUAUAUCAUGUUUGUUGAUUGAUUGAACUGGAAUCUUCAGAUCAACAAGCAAUGUAUCUUUAUAAGCAAAUCCAAAGUCAGAAACGUUGUCUAUUAUCAUUCAUAGGUAAAUCUAAGUGUUUAACUGUUGAUUACUAAUUUAAUGUCUGUGUACUAUCUUUUAAUUCUGCAUCUCAUAGAGAAAACCUAUUAUAACAUUAAUCUACAUUCUGAAGACAUUUCAAAUCUGUACAUUAGUCCUUACUUGAUAUUUAUUUGGUUUCACGGGCAGAAAAUGGACUUCUUUGUAACAGGUACCAGUUUUUGUAUUAUUAUUGACUUAGACCAAUACAACCAUCUAGAGAACCAGAUUUUAAACAAUGUGUUUCAAAAAUGAACCCACACACAAACAAAUAUAGAAGUCAUGAAAAUAAUAUUUAACCACAGACAUUGGAGUCAUACCAUAAAUGAUUGCACAAUGCCAAAAUUGAUAAGAACAAGCGGAUAAUUUAUAUAAAAAAAAUACAUGAAAAAUUCAAUCCUAAAGUCAUGUCCAACCAGAUUACCAACAAUAUGGAACAAUGUUGAUAUUGAUUGUUUUAUCAUGGACUUGGACCAGCUGAGGAUUUUCUUAAUUUGAAACAAAUCCUAUGGAAUCUCAAGCUAUGCAUGCUGUAUUCAUGUUUGUUUGUACUAUGUUUUAUGGUAAAAUCCUGAUUCCGAAAUUAUGUUUAUAACUUUGUUAAACAAUCAUGAUUCAUAGCCAAUACUAUGUAUUUCUGUCAAGUCUUUUUAGACCCACAUCAAGUUUUUAUGUCAAUCAUUCCCAAAUGGAACACAAUUCCAUUUACAAAUUCGGUCUUUGACUGUUAUUUGUUUAUUCCAAAUCAAUUUUGUAAAUCGUUUUUUAUAUCGCAUUAAUAACAUUUGUGAUAACAUGGUUAAGACAUGAUUGUGUUGGUAUUUUUUACAUGCUUUUACAUUCUCUGUACUUGUAAUUUGGGCUGCAACAAUUUGGCAAAAUUGUUUCUACAUGAAUCUAUCACCCCCAUUGCAAUACAUACUUUGAAAUCGCCAUAACCAGAUUGUACUUUAAAUUGCAUGAUCACUUUGAACAGUAGGUGUAGGUAUCAUUGUAGGUUAAAAAAACAUAUUUUUUUAUUUGAGUUUUUUUUAUUUAAAGUCACUACCACAAAUGUAUUGCUUAUUUCAUUCAUUGCUAAUGGUACAUUUAAAAAUGUAUAACAUAUUGUUUAGCAGUUAUUUACAGGUAACCAUAAUUACAUAUCAAAAGGCAUUUAAUUCAUAAAAAAGCAAUAUAACAUGGAAAGGUACACAUACUUAUAAAGCUUGUAUUUUGCAAUAUUGUUGUAGCCCUAUAUGAUUCAAAUUUUUAACAUUCCAUGUAUUUGCAAUAUACUGCUGAUGUAGAUAUGCGUUUUGAUCGCUGUCGUAAAUUGUUCACUUUGCACACUGUUUUUGAGCACCCAAGCUUUACAUUUGUUGCCUUACCAAACACCAUGAAUUGUUGAUUGUUGGCAGUUGUCGUCUACUAUUUGAACAGUGCAAAAUAUAUUCUUGUACAACCAUAUUUUGUAUUACCUUUUUAUAUUGUCAUGUAUAUUUUGUUAAGAUUUAUUUCCCAUUCCAAGUUAUUUCUUAAUGGAGACUUCAUGUAAGUGUAUGUAGAUAUAUUAUUAUACAAAUGUGAUUAUUAAAAUGUGCUUAUAAUAGAAUGUAUAUUACCAGUUUACAUAUAUAUAUAUAUUAAGCUUCAAGAACCUUAA